GCUACGGUUGGUCCUUCGGUUACCUAUGGCCUUCAUAGGGAACGAAAGGUGUUUUACCCGCUGGUCAAAACAAAACAAAACAAAACAGACUGCGACUUUCCAAAUGAUAUUUGGGAAGUGUUUUUCAAUCUUUGUUCCCAAUCGGGUAUAGACAGAUUCUCUUGUCCCUACAAAAUUUGUUCCUCUCUUGCCUGCUGCACUCUAUUUACAUUCCUCCCCUCUCCGUGGUAUUCAGUUUCUGCGCCUCAUUAUGUUUCCUUCUUCCUCUUACUCUUCUUCUGUAAAUCUCCGUCUCACUCGUCUAGGGAUUCUGAGAACUGGAAACGGAUUCUCUCCUUCUCGAACAAGAAAUGACAUCUCCUUUAGAUAUUGUUUCUCUAACAAUCUUAAAAAGUUAUGCGGAUCUCGAUGUCAAUUCAGACACCAAACCUGGCGGACUUCACUAUGUAUUACAGCCAUGGAUGAGGACUCAAUGGAUAUGGCCUUUGAUGACUGGGAUAGUGACGGUAUAGUUGGGGACAGUGCUUCCAUAAUGUCAUCUAGUGGUGAUGAUAGUGAUACAGACCAUCUUUAUAGUCCCGUUGGAGGCACUGAACUCUCCAGCAGCAACGAUCAUGAUGAUAUAUCAUCAUCAUCAUCUCCACCCAAUAUUUUACUGCGCAGGAACAGACGUAAGACAUACAGGAUUCACCGUGGAGUUAUAAUCAAUGCGGGGUUGAUGGCUUUCUCAGUGGUGUUUCUUCUACUUGUCGACUGUUAUUCGUGGCGAAUAGUUAGACUACCUUUGGCUCCAUAUUACUUGACACGGCCGUUUCUUAUCUCUGCAGUUGCAGCUUCAUGUGCAGGAUAUUUAUGUGUUCCGUUAUUUAGUAGUCUGAAACUUCAUCAGAUUUUAAGGAAAGAAGGGCCAGCAACACACUCCCAUAAAAAGGGAACGCCAACCAUGGGUGGGUUGUUUUUUGUUCCGAUCGGUAUCACUACUGCAAUAGCGAUUGUGGGAUCAUCUUCUGUUGAAGUUCUCGGAGCAGCAGUGGCAACUUUAGCGUUUGGAGCGAUCGGGUUACUUGAUGAUCUUUUUAGUUCCCUUAAGAAUCAUAACUAUGGAUUACCUGCAUGGAUAAAACUUUUACUAGAGGCAGCGGUCGGGCUAUGGUUUUCCUAUUGGUUGGACUCAACAAGUAUAUCAUCACCGUACAGCAUGAAAAUGCUUGUACCCCUCCCUUCACCAUUGGGACUUAUUUGUCUGGGAAAACUUUAUCAAGUAUUGACCUCUUUCUGCUUUGUUUCUAUGGGGAAUGGAGUUAACUUGACAGAUGGUCUUGAUGGACUUGCUGGAGGGACUGCUGCAUUGGCAUUCAUGGGAAUGUCAAUUGCGGUCCUUCCAAUAUCUCCUGAUCUUGCUAUUUUUGGAGCAUCAAUGGCUGGCUCUUGUAUUGGUUUCCUUGUGCACAAUAGAUAUAGGGCAUCCAUAUUUAUGGGUGAUACAGGGUCCCUGGCCCUAGGUGGGGGAUUAGCUGCAAUGGCAGCUUGUACAGGAAUGUUCUUUCCCUUGUUCAUUUCAUCUGGAGUCUUCGUCAUUGAAGCUUUAUCGGUUAUAGUGCAAGUGUCAUAUUUGAAGAGUACGAGAUGGUUAUACCGAGGAGCUGGUCGUCCGAUUUUUAGGAUGGCACCUUUUCACCAUCACCUUGAGCUAUGUGGUUUUAAGGAGCCACUCAUUGUCGCAAGCACAUAUUUGAUAUCAUCCAUCCUGUGUAUAUUUGCUGGGUACAUUGGUCUUAUUUCAGCGUAACAACCAAAUGGAGGUAUAUAUUUUAUUUUUGAGCCUCUUCUACUUCCUGUAAAUUGCCAAUUUCUCGUAUAACCCCAUUUAGUCUUAGUCUUGAUUAUGUUACCAAUUUUGAUCUUUUGAAAAUUUUCUGUGGAUGCUGUAAUCUCCCACAAUAGAGAGAAUACAAAACAUCGUGUGUUUUUCUGAUAAUACAGUCUUUUUUUUGGUC